UGUAUUAAUACUUACCUAAUGGACAUCUAUAUGCAGUAAUUGAUAUACGCAGGUGGGGAUAUCCGGUGCUCUCGGCUCUCUCGGACUCGGACUCGGGCUUUUCGGUUCUCUCGAGCUCCUCGGGGCUAUUUUUCAGCGCCACAUGAGUGAAGAUCCGGUCGACUUUUUGAGUGACGCAACCGUCCGUCUUCGUUAAGCUUCCGAUUCUAUCCCUUGACUAUCGGAUACCUAAGAACAUGAACACCGAAAGCCCCCCUUAUCCCACAUCAUCCAGCCACAAGCCGCCUUCAAGGUCUUGUAAAGAGUGUUACCGGCGGAAGCUCAAGUGCGAUAGAGCUCAGACUUGUUCAAACUGUCUUCGUGGAUGUUUGACUUGUGUGUAUACUAACGAGCCUAUCCGCCGAGACCGGAAAUCCAAACGUCGUGCUCAGGAGUCAGCCAAGGACACGACACCUGUCCUGCAACCGCGUCCGGGUCGCUUUCUAGCGGGCAAACACGGGAAGAGCCGCCUAUUAGGAGACACGUGUUGGGCGCGACCCUUCAUCGAGCCUGUAGGUCUCAACGACGGCCAAAAUGACCCUACGUAUCACCUCCCCCCCUCGGGGACGGGAAACCUGUUCUAUGAAAACUUUCUGUUCCGGAAAACAGCACCCCGGGUUCCGAUAGAGAUUGCAAAUCCUUCUUUCUGCCAGAUACGUCAACUAUGGGACAUAUAUGUUCAUAAUGUCGAUCCUCUUGUUAAGAUUCUCCACAAGCCUAGUGUUGAACGAGUCCUAUGCGAUUUAUCAUUGAGCGAGGAUGGGCCCGAUCCUGAAAUUUGGGCCCUUCUACUAGCUAUAUGUUACGCUGCAGUGUCAUCUCUUCCAUCAUCCCAAAUAAGGGUUGAAUUUGCCCUUGACGCCGAUAAUUAUGUUGCCUCCUUUAGAGCGGCCCUCGAGAAAGCUUUGACCGAUGCGCAAUUACUCCAAACGCAUGACUUACGAGUCAUUCAGGCUUUUGCAAUCUACCUGACAUGCCUUCCUAGAAAGGAGGCCCGAAGCAUAGCUCUCCUCAUUUCUCUAGCAGUUCGAAUUUCAAGAACCAUGGGGCUACACCGCGACGGUUCUAUCUUCAAAUUGCCUACAUUCGAAACGGAGAUGCGACGUCGGCUCUGGUGGUAUUUAUGCCUAUUAGAUUGGCGUGCUGCAGAAGACGCGGGUUUAGAAAUUACCAUUAUGCUUUCGACUUUCGACACAAAGAUGCCGCUUAACAUUAAUGACGAUGACAUGGAUAUCACAUCUUCUGAUAUCCAUGGCCGCCAUGACUACACUGAAAUGGCAUUCUCGCUAAUUAGAUAUGAAGCGUGGUCCGUCCUCGCUUCAUGGAGCAGCAUGAAUAUGCACCAGGAACCGGCUGGAAUCGAAGAGAAGAAAAGGGCGAUAGAAAAUCUAUCAACAUAUCUGGAAAAUACGUAUAUAAACCCUUAUUGCCAGAUUUCUACACCCUUUACCCGUAUUCUAUUGAUGGUUACACCACUUCUCAUGGACAAGCUGCGGCUCAUUAUCAUGUAUCCAGCUUAUUGUGACGGUACCAAUGGAGAGGUGUCAUUGACGCUUGAGGAUAAGAACAAGCUCUUCAGGUCCGCAAUUGACCUCCUUGAGUUUGAGCAAACCCUUGGGGCUGAUUAUGAACUGAGGGGCUGGCGUUGGUUCUUUGCUAACGCCCAUAUUCAAUGGCACGCGAUGACGUUUGUCCUCUCCGAAUUAUGCGUUCGUGUUGAAGGAGAAGUUGAACAUAUGGCUUGGGACGUCAUUGAACGGGUGUUCCCGUCCACCCCGGACAGGAGAGAUGACAACGUCUGGGAGCCCUUGCAAGGCUUAAAGCAGAAGGCAUUGAGUACCCGAUACUCGAUUACAUCGCAGCUUUCUGCGCUUUUCCCAUCCGAUACCGACGACUUUGUAUUGGACAGGUCUUCGCUUGAUUGGAGCUGGUAAAACUUGACACAGGAAGAAAACAAAGUAUCCAGGCAAAUCACUAAUUUCAUGGAUGCUCAUAGAUCGACAUACUGACAGGAUUUGAUGUCCAUGCGUUGGGUAUCCAGUUUACACAUUUUCUCUUGCUUUAGCUUCAUUUCCCACCUGUACCUGGAUAUCAGUACGUACAUGAAUAUUACCCGGCGAUGGAGCGGGUGGUUUUGCCGUUGGAUUAGCGUGGUUUGUGUCGUGUAGAUGCGAUGAAUAUAAGUGCUUAGGUUGGUCCUUGGUAUCUCUUGCUGGCUCAUGACAUUGAAGUUGCGUGUAGUCGGAGGUACUAUCACG